GCCAAUUAGAGCUGUUGUUACAUAUUAACUUUAAUAUAAAUCUACGUGCAAGAAAGUCGAAAAUCAACGAUGGAAACUACAAAAAAGGAACAAGGAUCACUUCAAAUACUCCUCCGAGGUUAUUUGAGGUUAUUGAAAGAGAAACCGAUCACUACGAAAUCACUUACAAGUGGUGCCAUCGCUGGUAUUGGAGAUAUCAUUGCACAGAGGUUAGUUGACCCAUCUUCUCCGUAUACUGUCAGGUCAACAGCAGCAUUUGCAGUUCUUGGGACAUUCUUCACAGGACCGCUGUCUCACUACUUCUAUGCAUGGCUCCAGAAGACGUUCCCAGGCAAAGAUGUGCCUACGUCUAUCAAGAAAAUCCUAUGCGACCGUCUGGUGUUUGCCCCGCCCUACCUCCUGAUCUUCUUCUACUUGUUAGGAAUCAUUGAGGGUAAAGGUCAUGCUGUGUCUGUAGAGAAGAUUAGAGAGACAUACUGGAUAGCAUUGAAGAUGAAUUGGAGGAUAUGGACUAUCAGUCAGUAUAUCAAUAUAAACUAUGUACCUUUACAGUUCCGUGUUCUGUUUGCCAGUGUAAUAGCCUUCGUAUGGACCAUCUAUCUAGCUGUGAUGAGGAGAAGAUGAGCAAUUCUAGAUGAUAAUUUAGCAGGGUAUACUAGCCUGAUGGAUAAGUACAAGCCAGUCGAUCAUUUGGACAGCCAUUCUACUAUUUAACCUGCCCUAUAAUCAGUCGGCAACUAAUUCCUGUAGCUUUGAUUCUGACAUAAAGUACCAGGCAGAUUUGUCAGAACCAUAGAUUUUCACAUCAAACUUUAAAUCUGUGCGUGGCUUAAUCGAUUUCAAACUGAUAUGCCUUACUGUGACAUGCAGGUAAUAAUGUUGACAUGCAAGUAAAUGAGAUAGGUAUUGAACCAAUUGCCCACUUGUUUCACACAUUGGGGUUGUAUGAAGGCAAACUGAAAACGAGAGCAGUCCACAUAUUUGUGUGUCAAGCUCUUUGUUUUCUACAAAUUAAAUGUAAUAGUGUAAUAAAAUGAAUUUACUAAGUAUAUAAAUCCAUCCAUAGCAUUAAAAGAUGAGAAAUUGAUUUCAUAAUGUUUAUUUGUUUGUUUACAUGUUAAGAAAAUCAUGUAAAAUUUUUGUAAAAUGAACAGGUUGACACUUGAAACUUGGACUAAAGUUUAGUAUGCUUCUUAAGAAUACUCCAACCAUUGAAAAGUAGUAGAUUUUAUAAAAGAGUAUAGUGCUUGAAUAACUUGCACUGAUCAGGGUAUUAUGCCAGUUUUUAUGUCUCGCCAUUAUGUACAUACAUGUACAAUGAGAAGUUUGCAAUGAAUAUUAAUGUGAUCAAGCAUAUAUCUGCUAUGAUAUUCUUAAAAUGCAGAUAUCAGUACUUUUGAUUCUCAUUAAAAAAUUGAUAUACUAGUGAUUAAACAAAUAUCUCCUAUGGUUCUCAUGGAAUUGAUAUGAAUUGAUAUGCAUAUAUCUGCUGUGAUUCUCAUAAAAAAGGAUAUUCAUUAAAAAAAAAAUGUAAUGCAGAUGAAACAAAUAUCUGCUAUAAUGAUUCUCGUAUAAAAUGACAUUCAUUUUAAAAAAAUGCAAUGCAGAUGAAACAAAUAUCUGCGAUAAUGAUUCUCAUAAAAAAGGACAAUCAUUUAAAAAAAUGCAAUGCAGAUGAAACAAAUAUCUGCUAUAAUGAUUUUCAUAAAAAAGGACAUUCAUUAAAACGAAAUGCAAUGCAGCUGAAACAAAUAUCUGCUAUAAUGAUUCUCAUAAAAAAGGACAUUCAUUUAAAAAAAAAUGCAAUGCAGAUGAAACAAUUAAAAUAUCUGCUAUGAUUCUCAUAAAAAAAGGACAUUCAUUAAAAAAAAAUGCAAUGCAGAUGAAACAAAUAUCUGCUAUAAUGAUUCCCAUAAUAUUACUCCUUACAAGUUCAUCCCGAUGAAGCCAGCUUUAGUAAAUGUCACACACUGACCCUAGGUUCAGGUUCAUCUACUGAGUAGAGUAUGCUCAGUAUUAUAAAUCCUACUCUCAAGAAAAUAAUCUCAUCAUACGUCAUAGUGGUGUACUCUUAUUAUUCGUUCGUUCGUGUCUCCUUCGAUCAAGAUUAACGUAAUCUUGAUCUUCGGAGUAGUUGCUACAACCGGCCGUGUCAGACACGUUGCCCCGGGGUGCGAGAUAGGACUCUUGUAGCAUGCCCCCAUUUACUCUUAUUAUGAAUUGGCAUCUAUGUCAAAAUAACAUCAUUGAUAAUAUAUUUGUAUCAAGAUUGUUUGGGUUUGGACCAUUCUUCCAAAUUUAUAGCAUAUUUCAAUUCGCACAUUUGCUAUUUGGUCAACUUUGGUUAAAAAGAGACAAUAAUAAUAAUGGUAUGAUUAUAGGGGAAAUUGGCAGAUCAUACACUGUAAUUAUGCUUCAUGUUUCGUUUUAAUUUGAAAAUGAAAUUUUAAUCUUGGAUGGAUUUUUUGUUUAGAUUCAGCUCAGGGUCUCUUAGAGAAUUUUGUAUGCAUGAAUUACCAUGCUCCUCUGCAAGGAAACAGUAUUUGGUUUAUGUCAGCAUUCUGAAAAUGUGAAGUUUACAUCAUGCAUUAUUUGUACAUCAAUCAUGGCAUUAUUAAUCAAUAAAAAUAUGUCAAUAUUGUUGACGGGACUUGUGUGUCUAAUUUAUGUAUUAUGUGAAAACAUUAAAAACAAUACUAACAGUAAAAUUACAAGCUGGUUUAAAUCAGAUUCCAAGCAUAAAAAUUAUUUUGAAAUGGUGAAUUGUAAGGAGAAAACCCAUGACAACCAUUGUUAUCUUUUGAAAAAUGUGUGCCUCAUGAAAUUUCAUGUAUUUUUACGUCAAUCAUAAUGGUUUUUCUUUUGGUGAGAAGUAUGAUAUAUCUAUUACAUGUAAUGAAACUUUUGUUCAUUUACUCCACCAGGAACUAUUACUUGUAGUAUUAGUUUUUAUGAUGAUUAUUUGGUUCUUUUAUGGCAAAUAAGUACUUAUUAAAGUUUUGUUUUCACGUUUUGGGUAAUAUACACUGCCUAUGUUUUGUUAUCAGCCAAAGUCAUGAAAACUAUAUGUACAACUAUACUAAUUGGUUUAUCCUCAUAAAAAUUAUGUUAUAAUGCACCUAAUACUUUGUUUCUAGGAACAGCACAUAUUAUUACCGCGGUCAUCGGAUUCAGGCUUACCCUUAACAUAAUGUGUGCACAUUUUCCACUCCCUGGGGAGCAUUCUAGCCAGUUGCCAUUUUACAAGCGCCACUUGCUAAUCCAACCACAUUAACUUUCGCAUCCUACCGAGGACCUAUGUAGAACCUGGGUGGAUAGUGGCAAAUGUAGAUCUUGUGAUCCACAGUCCACUCAACCACGACACCUCUAUAUUGUACAUUGUACAAUUGUACAUAAAUAUUAUGUGGAUGCCCUGGUCAUUUUCACACGCAAAAAUUAUAUUUUCGACUAAUUUUCCCUAUAUUUCUAUGGUAUUUACUGGAAAAUCAAACUAUUUUUCUUCUAAUUUCUAUUUUUAAGGCUAAGGAUUUGGAACCAAAGAUUGUUGAAUAAUAUAUUAAGAGUUGAAAUUAGUAAAGAAAAUCCAAAAUGUUUUCUGUGCUGGUUUUACACUCUUUUACACUAGUUUUAGACUAUGUUCUUUUGAUGAGGUUGAUGUUCAUGUAGAAUUUGUAUACAUCAUGUGAAAGAUAACUAAAAAAAUAAUUAAAAACCAAUGACAAAA